AUGGCCUUCUCUGAUGCAAAGUACAGGUUCCUGUUCAUCGAUGUCGGUGCAGAAGGAGGUGCUGGGGAUGGAGGAACCUGGCAGAAGUGCAACCUGGCCAGUGCUAUCACAAACAACCGAGCAGGACUCCCACAAGACAGAAAUCUGCCCAACGACGACGAACCCAUCCCCUUCCACAUAGUCGCCGACGAUGCCUUCACUCUCAAGUCAUGGAUGAUGAAGCCCUACUCCCACCAAUCACAAGAUCCCACCAGACGACUAUACAGCUACAGAUUCUCUCGCGCUCGUCGUGUGGUAGAAAACGUAUUCAGCCUGCUGCAGAUGAGAUGGCGAGUCUUCGGGACGACGAUGCAACAGGAUGUACAGGUGUGCAAGAUAACUUUGUGUGCAUAUGUCACAGCCUGGCACUGCAACGCUACCCAUGUGCUGGCACCGACGUCGACCAUGAGGACCAACACCAUAACGUCAUACCAGGCACUUAGAGGCAGGAGUCUCUGA